GACAACCGGCAGCAGCUAGUCAAUGCUGGUGCCAUUCCAGUCCUGGUGCAGCUGUUGUCGUCGCCCGACGUCGAUGUGCAGUACUACUGCACGACCGCCCUCAGCAACAUUGCUGUUGAUGCCGCCAACCGCAAGAGACUGGCUCAGACCGAGUCCCGGUUGGUACAGUCCCUCGUGCAACUCAUGGAUUCGUCGACUCCGAAGGUCCAGUGUCAGGCGGCCCUGGCUCUCCGGAAUCUGGCCUCCGACGAAAAGUAUCAGCUCGAAAUCGUCCGGGCAAAAGGUCUGCCACCGCUGCUACGACUUCUCCAAUCCUCCUACCUGCCGCUCAUCUUAUCCGCCGUCGCCUGUAUUCGAAAUAUAUCGAUCCACCCCCUCAACGAGUCUCCCAUCAUCGACGCGGGCUUCUUGAAACCUCUCGUCGAUCUUCUCGGCUCGACGGACAACGAAGAGAUCCAGUGCCAUGCCAUUUCGACCUUACGGAAUCUGGCUGCCAGUUCCGAUCGCAACAAAGAACUUGUUCUUCAGGCCGGUGCGGUGCAGAAGUGCAAGGAUCUGAUCUUACAUGUCCCGGUGCUUGUGCAAUCCGAAAUGACCGCUGCGAUUGCGGUCUUGGCGCUCAGCGAUGAGUUGAAGCCUCGACUACUGGCUUUGGAUGUGUUUGAUGUGCUCAUUCCCCUGACGGACUCGGAAAGCAUCGAGGUGCAGGGGAACAGUGCUGCGGCACUUGGGAACCUAUCUUCCAAAAUUGGAAACUACUCUAUUUUCGUUCGGUAUUGGACGGAGCCGAAUGGCGGGAUCCACGGCUACCUGACUCGAUUCCUCGACAGCGGCGACCCGACCUUCCAGCACAUCGCCAUCUGGACGCUGCUGCAGCUGCUCGAGUCGGAAGAUGCAAAACUCAUUGAGCUGAUUUCCAAGUCGGACGACAUUGUCCAGCUGGUCAAGCGGAUUUCCGAUCGGAAUAUCGAGUCGGAUGACGAGGAGACCGAGGAUGGAGAAGGAGAGGUCGUUGCGCUGGCACGGCGGUCUCUCGAGCUCCUCGGCAAAGGGCCGAAACAGACCCUGGUUGAGGGCUAG